GAAUAGACACGACAGACUCACCUGGAUAUCUCAGCAUCAGACGAACUUCUCUUGACAAAUACUCCAUAUCAAAAAGUAAAUUUCACAGUAAUGAAAAUCGCGACGGCAUAUCAUAUGUUGACGAAGUAAAGAACUGGGCAAACCCACCAAGUCAAACACAAGAACAAGCUACUGGAUCCAUAUUUUGGGCAAAGGUUAUGUUUGAUGAGGAUUGUGUGGCUUCUAUAGAAGCCAACUAUAUUGGUGUUUAUUACAUGUGG